AGUCGCGAGUUUCUCUCUGGUUCGCUCUUUGUGGCGGCUCGUCUUCUUCUUCUACGUUUUCCACGGGACUCUCUCUGAUCGGUGAAUCUCACGCUUUAGGGUUUCGAUCUGAAACCUUUCGAUCUACUUGAAAGAGAGAUUUAGAUUGAAAUUUACAAGUAGUAAUAAUGUUUGCGCCCGCGACUCAACCGCAGCAGCAACAGCCACAGCAGCAGAAGCAAUCGGAGACUGUUUCAUCUGCUGAGGAAGAAGCUUUGAAGUGGAACACCGAUUGUGUUUACUUUCUUGCAUCUCCUUUAACCUGCAAGAAGGGAGCUGAAUGUGAGUAUCGCCACAGUGAGUAUGCCCGUAUGAACCCAAGGGAUUGCUAUUAUUGGCUGAAUGGAAAUUGUAUGAAUCCCAAAUGUGGUUUUCGGCAUCCUCCUUUGGAGGGAUUGUUGGGAAAUCAAGGAGGUGCUCCUGCUGGUCCUGUACAGCCAGCACAUGCAACCGCACAGCAUCCUGGUGUUGCGAAACAGCCGGUUCCUUGUGUGUUCUUUCAAAAAGGCAUGUGUAUGAAAGGAGAUAUGUGUUCGUUCUUGCACACUCCAAAUCCGGCUGCUUAUAAAAAACAGCAUCCCGUAGAAGCUAAGCCUUCUACUGAUUCUCAGAUUUCGAAAAAGCCGACAGAAAAUAACACCGUGGAGAGGAAAUUUCCAGAUGCUAACCUCUCAAAGGUGGUUAAAGCACAUACUGACAUUUCGGCUGCACCAAAAGUCGCCUCUGCUGGACUAAGGGAUAGUAGAAGUGUAGAUGGACACAUUUCAAAACAUGUGGGAUAUGAGCCUGUUGUGCAGAGAAAGGUUGCAGGAGUUCCGUCUUUUACUGAAGGAGGCCGUUCCACUCACUUGCUUCAGAAAUAUGGAUCUGAUGAUAAUACCAGUUUUCACAAUGGUAAGGAUGCAGAUGACGUCUUAAGAGAGUCGUCUCCUGGGUUUGAUGUUCUUGUGGAUAAUGAGGAUGAAGAUUCUGAGUAUUAUAAUGUUGAAGAUCGAUAUCAACGGAGAAGUCAGGAGGGAGGAAACCCAGAGUAUGACCCUGAUUUCAGUGCAAUUGCUGAUGGUGACAAAGACACAUUCCGUGAUCAGCGUUUUGAUCCAUAUGACCAGAGGGAAGACAGGUAUGCAUGGGGCCACCGUAGAGUUUCUUCUGAGAGUGGGGAUCGUUUGGACAGAAGGGUUUACGCAGAAGAUGAGAGAUCAGAGAACAUAGUGGAAUCGGAUCUGAGGUAUCGUUUGGCUAAGCAGAGGAAAGGCAAUGGUAUGAGAUCAGUAGGAAGCCAUGACUAUGCUGCUUCUGACUCUUCGAUGGACAGAGGAUAUAGAGACUCUCGUAGGGAUACACAGAGGGAAAACUCCAUUAGCAGUAGCCGUCUUCAGGGUAGAAUUAAGCUUCGUGAGAGAAGCAAUGGCGACGAGGGUCACUUUGACAGGAGAAGUGAGAGAGGAAGGGACAGAAGCGAGUUAUCAUCUCAGGGUAGACUCCGUGAUAGAAUUAAGGGUAGGUUAGAGGAAAACCAUAGUGGUAAUCAGGAAAGAGGUUUCCGGGCUCCAUGGGCUAGAAGAAGAGAAAUGGAAGAGGAAAGAAAAUCAGCUCCUAAAAGCAUUGCAGAAACUAAAAGCAGCAAAGAGGAAAGUAAGACAGAGCCAUCUCUUGGGAAGAGGAAAAGCUUGGAAGAGGAUCAUCAUAGUCAUAAGCGAUCAGGAGACUCAUUUGCAGCGCCGUUGCCUUUCAGUGAGAUUCUCAAGAGAAAAAGAGCGGCUGCAUCUGUCGGUAGCAGCAACAACAAGAAGGUUGAGACUGCAACGAAAGAGGAAGCUGGAGAUGAGACGAAACUCAUAACAGAAGAGAAAACCGAGGUUGUCUCUGAAACAAACACAUUCCACGAAGCUGAAGUAGCAGAAGGAACGAUGAUGGAGGAAGAAGAAGUCGUUGGGGAGGAAGCUUAUGAAGGAAAUGAAGAGGAGCAAGCUUAUGAAGGCGAUGAGCUAAACGGAGAGUACUAUUACGAGGAAGGAUAUGAAGAAGAGGUAGGAGAGUACGCCUAUGAAGAAGGUGAAGAAGUAGUUUACGCGGCUGAGGAAGGAGAAGAAGAGGCAACAGAAGGAGGUGAAGCUGAAGGAGAAGAAGACAUUGAGAAUAAAACAGUUGAGAUGUUGUCUUAAAAGAAAGAGAUGACACACAAGAAAAGCUUUCGCUCCUUUCCUCUCUCUGCUUAAUGCUGUGCAAACUGGAGAGAAGUCGUUGAGCAAGUAAUAUGCAAAAGUCGCUUUUUUAUCUUCUUCGGCUUGGCACUGAGAUUUUUAGCCGCCAUUUUUUUACGUAUUAUGAUUUCUUAAAUUGUAACUGUAGAAGAAAGAAAAGAAACAAUGGUACAACGUACAAGUGCAACAACAUAAUAUUUCUGAUUUUUUUGUUCAACCUU